AUGGAGGAAGCUAACCUUCAGAGCGACUCUGAGCGCGAGCCGACCGGAAACGACAACAUCGCUCUUUUAAAACUGGCCGUUCAAAGGGUUGAGGGGGAAUGGAGCGGAUGGCAGCAGGACGGAGAAGGACUGGCGCGAUUUGAAGGAGCUCACGAGUUCAAGGGUGUGUUUUCCAGAGGACUGAUGAACGGAGCUGGAGUCUUCACACAUGCGUCUGGACUGAAAUAUGAAGGAGAAUUUGUGGCCAACAUGCCCAUGGGCAAAGGGAAAUACACCUGGCCAGACGGCAGCUGCUAUGAGGGGGAAGUCUGCAAUGGGAUGAGAAACGGCAUGGGGUCCUACAGAUGUGGCAGAAAUGGCGCCCUUUACCGAGGCCAGUGGCGCAUGGGGAGGAGACAUGGCCAGGGCACAGUGUAUUACAACGAGGAAAUGAGCUCUUGGUACAAAGGAGACUGGAUAAACAACAACCGGGAGGGAUGGGGAGAGCGACGCUACCCUUCAGGUAAUACUUACUGUGGUGAGUGGAAGAACAACCUGAGGCAUGGAGAGGGGACGAUGAAAUGGCUGAAGCUGGGACAGCGCUAUGUCGGGGAGUGGCAGGGUGGGGUACAGCACGGCCAAGGCACUCACGUGUGGAUGCUGGGCAGAGCGGAUGGAUCCCGCUACUCUCAGAGUAAUCAGUACAGGGGGGGAUUCCUGGACGGUCGGAGGCACGGAGAGGGAACCUUCCUGUAUGCCGGCGGAGCCAAGUAUGAAGGCCAGUGGAAGAGCAAUAAGAAGCACGGACAGGGGAAAUUCACCUUCAGGGAUGGGCGAGUGUUUGAAGGAGAGUUCCUGGAUGACAGGAUGAUGGCGCCCAGCGAGCAGCAGAUGAGAGACGACGCUCCUCUCGAUGCUGCUCUUCCGUCGGGUCGUGACUCAGAGACUCUCGGUCAAGACAUGGCUCUGAACGUGGAACGCCUCCUGGACGGGUUCCCCGAGAAAAUCCGAGACGCUGAACGCAGACAGGUGGAGUUUGUGGUGCUGAGGCAAAACACGGAGCUCCGGUCCAUCUACAGCUUCUACAGCAGCCUGGGCUGUGCCCGCCGCCCCGACAGCUCCUCCCUGCUGACCCGCAUGCAGCUGUGGCGCCUGCUCAAGGACUGCGGCGUUCACCGUCACGGCUUCACCCUCACACAGAUCGACCGUUUCGUCCACGGAGAUUCCAGUUCAGGAGACGCUCACUCUCCUUUCACCGCCAUGCUUCUUCGCGAUCUGCUGAACUGUCUGGUGACUGUGGCCUACCGCAUCUACAAGAACGACAUCCCGUCACAGAAACACGUUCUGGCUGCCUGCUUGUCCAAACUGCUGACAGAGAAUAUCCUCCCGAAUGCUAAGAAUGUCAAAGGGUUUCUGUUCCAGCAGCCGGGCUUUGCGGCGGCGGCUCUGCAGCAUGUGGAGGAGAGCUGGGAGGUUUAUCAGGCUCACUGCAGGGACCAGCGGACCGUGACCUGCAGGCAGCUGCUCUGGAUGUUCAAGGAUCUCCACCUGCUGGACGACCGGUUGACCACAGCGAGACUGGUGGAGUUUAUGACUGCAGAGAGCCGCGACGCCGCCGAGCCGUCCUCCUGUCUGGACCUGGAGAUGAGCUUCCUGGAGGUCUUUGAGGUUCUCCUGGCCUGUGCGGAGGUGAAGUGUCCGCAGACGGAGGACUCCUCCUGCGAAGGCACUGAAGCAAAGGACAGAGAGAGCAGCCGAACGGAGGCCAGGAUCCGAUCAGUCCAUCAGUUCUUUAACAGCUGUUUGUUCCCGGCGUUUGAACGACACCGGCUACUGAUGGCGAGCCUGGAAGAGGAGAGGCUGCUCCGGUCACAGGACGGAGAAUGA